ACAGUCAGGGGGUGCCAGCAGCCUAUAAAAUGAGCCCUUGGAAAGAAACCGUCGCAGACGUAUGGGCGCACAUCUACGGCUUUAUACAAUGUGUAGGGGCCAUUCUUUGGUCACUGGUUUUACUCCAGGUCGAAUAUUUUGACCUUCUAUUCCCUAAACGGAAGAGCUUCCGCGGCGAGACUAUACUAAUCACAGGCGGUGCAAGCGGCAUAGGACGUCUCAUGGCCUUAAAGUUUGCAGCCUACGAAAAUACCACCAUCAUCAUUUGGGACCUGAAUGAGGGAGCCAUGAAGGCAGUAGCGCGGGAAGUCGAAGGCAUUGGCGCCCGGGUCUUCACCUACAAGGUGGACGUGAGCGAGCGGGAGCGCGUCUACGAGGUGGCGAAGCAGAUGCGAAAAGACGUCGGGAAGAGCGUGAGUGUGCUGGUGAAUAAUGCAGGCAUUGUGGCCGGCAAGCCUUUCUUGGAAGGGGACGACGCUUACUCGCUCAAGACCAUGGAGGUGAACGUGAUCGCCCACUUCUGGACGAUCAAGGCCUUCUUGCCGGCCAUGGUGGAGGCCAACCACGGGCACAUCAUCACCGUGGCGAGCACGGCGGGUCUGGUGGGAGUGGACGGGCUGGCUGACUACUGCACGAGCAAGGCGGCGGCCAUCUCUUUCCACGAGGGAAUUCGCACCGAAGUGCGACGCUUGAAACGCCCGGGCAUCCGCAUGACCCUUGUCAACCCCUACUUUAUCGACACGGGCAUGUUCACCGGCGCCAAGACCAAGGCACCCAUCCUCUUGCCGAUCCUGCAACCUGAGUAUGUGGCGACCUCCAUCAUCGACGCGGCAGAGAAGAACAGGAACUUGCUGAACCUGCCCCGGUACACGUACAUCCUGAUGGUGACCAACGGCGUGCCGGCCUUGGUUCGCGAUUUUAUUUACGACUUUAUGGGCAUCGGAGAGAAUAUGGCGGACUUCAAGCAGACACGGACAAAGUCGCUGAAGGAGCAGUAGGUUGAUGGGGGGGGGAAGGACAAGGACGCCCGGCGUUAAAGGGGGGGACACGCAGGCGCAACCUUUCCCGAACUCCGCCACUGGGUAGUGCUUGUCAAAACAAAGCAACACGUCAGGAAACCAAAGACAAAAUUACGGUCCAAAAUGUAGAUAGUACAUGUUAUGAGAGGGGCAACAGAAAGAGAGCGGAGGCUGUGUGACGCAGAGGGCGGCCAGGAGGAUGGAUCGAGGACGGGGGCAGCGAGGGCGUAGUGUGGUAGGGAUAGGUGUCUGGAGCCUGAUGGUUGAGAAGGCAAAAGCCCCGCCCGAUUCGAGUAGGCUGUCUUGUAUCGGCUCGCACGUGACAAUAUGAAAUGAUAUCCAGUAAAUUAAAUGACAAAUGCACACCAUUGAGCGACGCGGGGGGAUGGGGACACGAGAAAGUGCUGUAUGCGCCGAGGAGGGGGACGAGGUAGACCACUUUUGAGGGAGCGAGAAAAGAGUGCGAGCGCCGCCAACGUUUCGUGUCCAAAGCUACCGAGGAUAAGCUUAGGGCCGUGUCCGCGUGUACGGUGAAAAGAUGAGAAAGAAACAUUUACCCCUAGAAAACGACCCGGACUUCCAAGCUUGUCGAGACGGUCGUCACUCACUGGCGAUGCCUGGUCCGAAUCACGGGCCUCCGCAUAAUUGUACGUGAGCCCAUCAUUAAAGUAAAGUAUGCGGUGCAACCACCACGUUCUACCCAAAGAGUCGAUGCAUUGAGUGGGAGAAGACACACGACAGGAGCCAAACGGGCAGCGCGACGGUGUUCCGUACGUUUUUCUGGUUACCCUAACCACGCUCUCUCCAUCGCGCGCAUCCUAGACCCAAGCAACGCACAAGACCGCGUCUGCUUCUCCCUCUACGCCCAUACCGACCGUCUGAUACCCCACCCCCACCGAAACGCGUGCGGCGAUACGAGAGUUUAGUACCCGUCUCCGCCCCCGAACAUGUCCAUGGCACCUCCGAGGUCUGCCUCCUCCUCCUCUUUCUCCUCCUUCUUCGCAGCUGCCGGUGCAGCAUCGCCUCCCGCGGCUGCUGGCGCCGCCCCACCGCCACCUCCACCGCCACCUCCACCCAUAGAAACGCUUUUCAACUUUUCCUUUCCGUCCUUGAGCAGCUCCUCUACGUCCUUGCCCUCCAUCUCCUUCAGCAAGAGCUCUACCUGCGCGGCAUCAGCCUCACCUCCUGCGGAUGCAAUGACAGAGGUAAUGUCAUCUGCACUCGGGUCCUUUCCUCCAAGUUUCAGCAAUAAGUAUGAGGCCACGACAUUCAUGAUUCUGUGGGUU